AUGCCCUCUUUCUUCAAGAGGUCCUCCAAGGCCAAGGAGAAGGAGGCGGAGGAAGAAAAGACCAAGGCAGAUCGCCCAGCAACACCUCCCCCCGCCUACGGCGCCGCACCGGACGAACCUCCGCCGUUCGAUGAUCAGCCACCACCAUUUGAAGCAAACGGCGGGUCCAACGGAAAGAGGCCCUACACCGAGCAGGAUGUCGCCAAUCUUACCAGCGCCUUCAGCUCGCUCCGGCUAGGCACCCAGAGAGAUCCCGACGUGGACUCCUGCCUCGCACACUUGAAGCUUCUCUAUGCCAUUGAGACGCUGAAGGAGGAUGUCGGGUACAGCGACGGUCUAUGGGACUUGUGGGAUUCGCGAGCCGGCCCUAGGGAUGGUGACGAAGGCUCCAGCAAGGGAGGUGAGGAUCGCGUGAAGGAAGUGCUGUCGGCGUUGCGCGAGAAGAGGUGGGCGGUCUAUCUCGCGCGAGCGGCGGAUCGGUAUCAAACUUGGUGGAAGACGCUCUCGGGAGGUCGCUUGCGCGAAGCAGAGAUGAAGGAUUUCGAGAUGUGUUCCGAAAAGUACUUGAAGUUUCCUGACGGGGCUGAAGACUUUCCCUGGACAGUGGACAAUCUACCACCACUAGAUGUUCUGAUGAUGUUCCAUGCGCACAUGUUGAAUCCUAGAGCGUUUCUGGAAGACACUAUGCGCUGGAAUCUCCGCGAUUUCUGGACGACGGGAAUGCCGUGGGCCCAGGUCAACCAAGUCAUCGACUCCAAGUUCAACUACGAGGUUUCCGAUGUGGCCAAGUCGAACUGGGAAAAGGCAACAGGGCGGGCGUGGAACAACCUCGACGAACCACUGGAGAAGGAAAUUGAAUGUCCUGCAUGCAAGCAGACUACUCUUGUGCCUUGGAGCACUUGCGGCUUACCAGAGCUGUACAAGGGUCAAGAGCGGCCAGGUUUGGUUGGAAAGGGAUAUGGUGAUGGAGAUUUCUCUCAACUAUGCACAGCAGGCUGCAACACCGUCAUCACGCAUCGCCUACUUUGCGUUGCCAAGAUGAUCACUGACGCGGAGCUCUAUCUCAACGAAGGCGUCACUCUCCCGAGCACUAUCCUAGACCCAAAGGCCGGCAUGCCAGUGGCCACUGAGGCAAAGCUCAAGGAUGUCACGUUUCCCAACAGACUGGUUGGGCAGGGGAUUUCCGAGCAGCUGCUACGACUCAUCAGUCCCGGGCAAGCAAAAACGCCGACGAUGAAGGAUGUACGAGAUCUUAUCUCGGCUGCGCUGACCGAUUAUGACGCCUUUGCGAGAAUACAGGGGGCGAGACCAACCCCGUAUGACAAGAAGGACGGGUCAGGCGGAAGAGUGAUCACACGAACGGAACGCUUUCAGAGCAGCAAGAUGAUGUCGAGGUACUGGGAAAAUGCGUCCAUAUUCGCGCUCGACCUUGUUGGAGCGACGAUGCGCCAGGGCGUGUUCAUCGGCAAGAUGUUUAACAUUGACUGGCUGCACAGUCCCAGUGCUAGGGGAACCAUGGAUCGACUUCUUCAAAAGUACCAACGCUUCAUGCUCAUCAUGACCGAGUACCCCAUGUCUUUGACAGUACCUACGCUGGAUGUGGACCUUGCCUGGCAUACUCACCAGCUAGCCCCGAGAGCUUACUACAAAUUUUCAACAUACAACACCGCCAUGAGUACCAGCAAGGAGGCCAAGUUCAUUGACCACAACGACAAAAUUGACGAAGACCAGCUGUCCAACUCAUUCGAGUUGACCAGCAAGACUUACUUGGAGAAGUUCAACGAGGUCUACUCGGAAUGCACAUGCUGGUACUGCGAAGCUGUACGAGCAAAGAUCACCAUCGACAGCUCCUCCGUCUUUGGCAAAAGCAAGCCACAAAAAGGCAUGUUCAAUGACGAGCCCCUCCUCCGUGCAGCCUGGAGAAUGCGCCUGGAUGACGCCUACGAGCGAGCAAAGAAGCGUGCAGCUAAGCGAGGUAGGACACUGCCGCCAAAGGAGGAGUUCUAUAACAAUUGGGGCAAGACGCACCAUAGAGAUAGUCCCUACAACUAUCCCGCGUACCUCAUUGGAGGGGUCUAUCCUGCUGGAAACCCCGGUGUCAUUCAUGGGUCCUGGGCCGACUGCGCUCAGGGGCUUUGCGGCUCGAAUGAUAUCGCUGCUGGGGGAUGUGGCGGCCCUGGCGGUUGUACCAAUAUGGCUGCUGCGCUCAUGGAGCGGGAAUAG